AUGGGUCUCAUUGGUCUCGCUAUCCGCAGUCUCCUUGAUGGUUCAGACCGUCAACCUCGUUCUGGAGGCUGCUGCAGUCGUCGAAACCAAACUCAACAAGUGUACCUUACCCAACAACCACAACUCAUGGCUGAACGCCCCAACUAUGCAACCUACACUGGCCGACCUUCAUGUCAUCAACGCAAGAUGGAACGCCGUUACCAGAGGCAGAUCCAGCGCGCUGAGCGUUCGCAACUUCGUGCUGAACAGCGAACUGAGAGGGAUCUACAGAGAGUGGAAAGGCGCCAAGCGGGUGCUAAGCUUGUCAUGUCGGGAGUACAGAGGAUUGGCCUCGUCGGUGGACAAGCAAAUGAUGGAAGUGUACGUAAGACGCGGGAUAUUCAAGAGGAGACCAGGGAUAGUGUCUAUGGUCAACACUUGGAAAAGGAUGCACCCCCUGCAUACGACGAAGUUGUGAGGAAGUAG